ACACACACAAACUGAAUUUAAACAGUGAGAAUAAAUAAUUUACCGGUACAGUGAACGCACCAGCUUUAAGAUAGAUAAUUAGCCAUAAUGAGCAUUAUGCAUAUUCAAUAUAUAAUUAUAAUAAAUCAUAAAGUCAUUAAAUAUUUGUGUGUGUGUGUUUGUAAAUCACUGCGUCUCCAGCGGCACUUGAACGCACCAUACGAGCUCCAAACCAACGCACCCUCCUCCUCCUCCUCACGUGGACCCGCGUCACCACCUAAAACACGUGUCUCGGCACGGGAUUGGACCAACCGCUGCUGUUACGUCACCGCCGAGGACUCAUUAAUAUUUCGAUGGUUUGCAUGGAGGGGGGUGGAGGAGGAGGAGGAGGAGGAGGAUGAUGAAGGGGGCGUGGCACCACCCAAAUGAACAUCAUGGAUCCUUUCAGUACGUGGUCAGAGCAGGCAGGACACUCAGCCAGUCAGACAGCAUCACAUGGACACUCUGCAUGUGUGUGUGUGUGCAGGAUGGAGGUGUGAAGCGUGGACCGGAGGAGACUGACUGACUGACUGUGGAGAUGCUCUGUCUUCCUGCUGCCGCCUGUGAGCUGUGUCCUCCUCUCCUGUGGAUCAAACACUGACAGAGGUCUGGGAUGCCAAAGGAACAGGGGCAGGAGCGGGCCGCCCAGUGCACCUCAAAGACUGCCAAGGAUAAGAGUAACAGUGCCACCCUGCGGGCGUCCCAGGGGGGCACCCACAGGGUGCAGUCUGGAAUGGGCGACAUGAGCAACCGCAUGCUGCGCUGUGACUCGGAGAAAGACUCUGAGAAAGACUCAGGGUACUCAGAGGCCGGCUCGGACUUUGUGCACACCGAUUUAGACGACCAGCGCAGCAGUGUGAGCGAACCUCACCGGCAGAGUUCGAACAAGAGCAACAACAACAGUGUGAACAAUGCCGCCGCUGCGGGCCACAACAUGCCUCCUUACGAGGACCUCACCCCCAUUUACGUCAUCAAAAACCUGUCUAGACCGGAGCAGCUUCUCCAUGGCCCCCUGGCGUGGGGCGGAGGUUGGCACAGCCUUACCAAUGCCAAAGCGCCCACCCAGCUCCUCCUGAUCCAACAGCCGGCGAUGCCAGCCCCUUCCUCCUCUACCCCGACUCCUUCGUCCAGUCUGGCUGCACCGCAAGGGCAAGUUAAGAAAGGAGGCAGCCGCAGCAACCAGAACCACAACAGCAAGAACCACAGCAGCAAGAACUCAUACCUGCCCAUCCUGAAUUCGUACCCUCGCAUCGCCCCGCACCCCAGGAAGGAAAGCCUCGAGGGCAAGGGUGCCACCUGGUUGGAGGGUGUUAAAGAGAGUGGCAGUGAAGGCCAGAGCCAGAGCAAGAGAGUGUGCACUGAAGAAGAGAAACGCGAGGCUGUAUCCACCACCAGCCACCUCCUGAAGCCACAGCAGCAGAAAGAGGGCCGAGUCCAUUCCCAGUCCCAGUAUAAAGGCAGAGGAGGACACAGCUCCUUCCCCAGCUCAUCUCACUGCCCGCUGCCCGGCCAUGCCUCCUCCACCACCCAAUACAAGUCCCACCACUGCCGCCAAAGCUUAGGCUCCAACAGCGUGGGUUCACCUUCUGUCUCCAGUUCCCAGACACCCUCACCACCUUCUUCCUCCGUCUCCCCCUCAUCUUCUUCUCCGUCUUCUUCAUCUCCCUCUUCCUCCACGGCUCACAGCCCAUACUGCCUGGCUCCGGACAGCUCAUCCUCACGCCAUCAACGUUUCCUCAACACGGCAGAGAUCCUGAACCAGUCAGGCCUGCUGGCCAUCACACUACGCACCAAGAAGCUCCUGAAGGAGAACGCCGCCACCGAGAGAGAAAUCGCCCAACUCCGCCAGCACACUAAUCUCCUGUGCCAGGCCGCCCAGGCCAGCCAGAACAGGUGCAACGAAGGCUCCGACAGCCUCGACAAACUCCUCCAGACCAUGACCGAGUCGGGCUCCUACCCCAGCUUAGACACAAAACAACUGAAAGUUCUCAGCAGCAGCCACCAACAGCAGAGCAAGACUCAAAGUGAGGAAGACAAAAAGAAGGACAACAACAUAAGAACCACCGAGACGCACAGUAACCCCCCUCAGGUGGUGUCUUUACACAACAUAGAUGAUGGAACCUCGCCACCUUCUCCGCUGUUUGCUCCGUCACCGGACACAGAAGAAAGAGAGCAUGCUGAAGGUCUUCUGGACCCCAUGUCCACCUCCCUCUCUGUUUCUUUUUCCAGGUCUGUCCCUGAACAGGAAUGCAGACAAGCAGUCAUGGACAAGAACUUAAGUGAUCUCACUAUGUGGUCGGAGAGCUUAAUGCACAAUAACUUUUUCCUCUAGCUUCCUGGACACGAGGAGGACACGGACCUCUAAUGACUGGCAGGGUAACAUGUGAACCGAGCAAUACAGGAGAGCAUGUGUUCAGUUUGAAUUGUGCAGAACUGAAUUUGACGGAUUGAAAGGAUCGAAUGAUGAUGUUUGUUUUUCCUUUGAUUGACAUUUAAACAUGAUUGAUAUAUUUUCCUACUUCUCAGUCAGGGAUUCUCUCAUUUCAGGUGACGCUUCAGAAAGUUCCUGAAGUUCUCGUUCAGUUCAGCUCAGACCGAUGAUUCAGCACCAUCAGAGAGAACAAAGUUAAUUUUCUCCUGAUUCGUCUGAAAAACAAUUUUAGUGUCAGGAUGUUCAGAGAAAAUGUAGCUUAUGAAAAACCAGUCCAACAUUUACUCUCAUAAUCUGAGCUCACGUUCUCACCAAUGAGGGAACGUGAGCAUCGAAGGACCUGCUGCUGGUCUCCGAAAGGUGGGCGGCAGUGACUAAACCCUCGUGACACAGACACAGGAAGCGACUCUUCAGUUCGGCGUCUCUUUUCUUUACCGUCUCCGUCCGUUCGCACAGAUGCAAAAGACUUCCAUCAUGUGUUCAGUCCUGAGAAUGCACACACUGCAACAGCACUGUUACAUAACUGCUGAUUACUUCACGACUAUUGUCACAAUUACUGCAGCUCAUUUCAGGUUUACAGGUUUGAUAUAUCGGAUGAAAAACAACUUUGUGACGGCUACACAACAGUAAAUUACAUUGACAACAAUCAUUUUAUGUUGUAUGAUUAUAGGUUUGCAAUAAAAAACAAUCUAUAUUUAGAGUCAUGGAGCAUAUUCAGUAAAUUCAGUCCAUAUUUUCGGCAUCAUUCCACGAAUGUUUCUCAUUGCUGUUUGUGUAACUUUGGUGAAAUGACCACUGCAGACAGAGUUUUGAUGAAUAAUCAUUUUAUUUUCAAAUCAACAACGAUUCAGAUUCAGUGACGAACAUAUCAUUUGAAAGGAUGCUCAGGUAAACUCACUGUGCGAUGUGCGGCUUUGUUUUUAGAGCACGUAGGGAGUGCUGCAAAUAGUUGUGAACCUUCAUCUGAAGCGGCUGUAGUCGAAGCGUUCUGUAGAAGACAACAGCUGAAAAACACUUCAUGGUUGUUUUUCACAGACAGGACUGUAGUUUGACUGAUGAGUGACAUUUCUAUUGAUAAUCAUAAUCAGAUUGUUGCUUGCAUUAUUGAUUCCCUCAGUCAUGUUUGGGUGUUUGGAGUGUGUCUGUGUAUUCUCUGUCUGUGGAUCUGUCGUGCUUCAGCUUGUAAACAUGCGUUCGCUUACAGAGAUUGAAUUAAUUCUGUCUCGAUUGAUUGUAGACGCAGGACGCUCAUAACUCAUAAGCAGGUAUAUGACAAACACAACUUGGUACAAUAAAUCUGCUCUGACUCUGAA